CCUCCUCGUCCUCCUCAUCAUUGCUAUCGUCUUCUCACUCUGCACCUGACCAGCAGGCCAGCACUCGCCCUCCACUCAGAAUGUCUUUGCCCAACUCAGAGAACGCCUCCACCCUGGAGAAUGCCAUGCAGCUCAUGAUCCAGACCUUCCAUAAGUACUCUGGAAAUGAGGGGGACAAAUAUACACUGAGCAGGGCUGAGCUCAAAGAGAUGCUCACCGCAGAGCUUGGCAACUACCUUGGAAAUGCCCAGGAUAAGGAGGCAGUGGAUAAGGUUAUGGGAGAUCUGGAUUCCAACAAUGACGGGGAGGUAGAUUUUACCGAGUUCAUCAUACUGGUCGGCGCACUUACUGUAGCAUGCAACGACUUCUUCCUGGAGUACAACGACAAGCCAGAGAAGAAGAAGUGAAUGUCCUUGGCACAGAGGUGCUGACUCUGCAAGCCACAAGGUCCAGGGAGGAAACAAUUUAGCAAUAAGCAAUAAAAAGGAAGUUGCCAGCCUCCAAAUUAGAAAGCCAGGGGAGAUGAACAUCUUGAUAUGGACUUCAUGUGCACAAAUACACACACAAACACAUCUAAUAGUCACUCAAGAAGUAAAUGGUGGGUGUUUGUGUAUUUGUCUGGAAUGUCCUAUCAAUUCAUUAAAAACUGUACUUACUGAAAUGUGAAAAUCUGGAGAGUUUAAGUCAGUUUCAACACCUGUCAUUGUUGAAGAUGUGAACAUACCUCUCUUUCUUUCUCUUUUCAUGCAUUUUGUAACACUUUCAAACCAAGGAAUGCCCCCCUGGAAAGAAUAAA